AUGCAGAACGCAGGCGCCGGCAGCGCGGAGGGCGGCGCGGGAGGCCAAGCUGACCGCGGGGCUCCGGGAGGCGCGGUCCCGGAGGCAGCUGCCGCCGAUGACCUUCCCCAGGUCGCGCAGGCACCGCACGCCCCCGGGCCGGGCGGAGACGCCGAGCCCGCGGCCACAGGCCCCGGCAGCCGACUGCACGAAUUCUCCCUCACCGUGCCUUUCCGAUCGCCCCUGGAGGCGGAGAUCGCCCGUGGCUCCCUGGCCCCAGAUGCUGAACCUCACCGAGGGGUGGUUCAUAAGGAGCUCACACUGAACGGUAGUGUCCUGGCUGUCCACUGGACUGCCGAAGACCCUCGCCUACUCCGGAUUUCCAUCAUCAACUUCCUCGACCAGCUUUCCAUGGUGGUGCGGACCAUGCAGCGCUUCGGGCCCCCUGUUUUCCGCUAAGCCUUGGCCAGGAACAGGGGGCUGAGGCCUGGGCUUGUGUCCCCUCCUGGGCAGUGGUCCCCCCCCCCCCGCCCCGGGCAUUGGUUCCUGGAGUAGUUGCCACUUUCUGAUUGUGCCAGUCUAACGGUAUGCCUGCAUUGGCCCUUGGGCACUCUCUGCCCACUUGUUUUGUUUCCUUGUGGCUGGAAGGGGAGGGGGAUGUGCUUAAAUGUUUGUCACUGCAGAAAAUAAAACUGAGCUUCUA